GAUCAAGUUCAGCUCACCAACAUAGCCGAUUUGAAUCGCAAAAGGCCAAGUUGAUCGGCCCCGAAACUCGAGCGCACCUCCCUUCGCCGCUUUUGAUUCUCGAAGUGGAGCGUUAUGGACCGCUAGCUCCCCGACGACCUCGGACAGUUCUCACCCCAGUUACCCCAGCUUUCCAACGCAGUCCUCAACCACCACAAUCAUCAUGCCCCAUGCCAGCAAAGGCAAGGGUAAAGGGCGCGACCGCGACCGCGACCGCGACCGCGAACGGGAUCGAGAUCGCGAGAUGCGCCCCUCGCGCAGUCGCAACACCACGCCCAGCUCCAGUUUCAGUGCCGGCGCGACCACCGGCCCCGUCCACAGUUACCUUGACAACGAUGCAUCGAAGCUGAUGAUGAACGCCUCCAUACAGUACGGGGAGCUCCUCGAGCGCAUGGGUGGAGUGGGUCCGAUCCCGGACUCCAAAUCCCUGGAGAUGUUGAUGGAACACCUGAAGACGCUCAGUCAGCUGGCGGAAACCCGCGGUGACGUGUGCAAUGCCGGCAUCCGGGAGCUGUCGCAGAAGCGCAAGGAAGUCGCGGAUGAAUCCGAAUUGGGUGAGCGGGAUGGCGGCGACCGAGUGAAGAUGAAGCGCGAAGCGGAUGAGGAGGAGGAAGAGAAGGCGUUCAAGGGCGGUAAGCUGAAGAAGAGAAAGGAGCGCGGGAGCAGCUCCAAGGAGGAUCGACCUCUGGCCCACGGGGCUCAUGGUCUGGCGCGACAGGAUGGUGCAGAGACAAAAGUUGAAGGGGCCGCUUCCCCAGCUUCCAAGAAAUCCAAGAACGCAGCUUCCGACGAUGCCUCCCUCUCCCCGAAAUCUCCCCGUGAGGCAGCCGAGGCAGCGAAGGGGUCCCAAGAUGAAGAAUCAGACAACGAUUCCGACGAUAGCUCGGGUUCGCACCAGCCUGAACCGGCCCCAGCUGUGCCUCAAGUGCAGGUGUUCGGCCCCAAUCCGCUCAAAUUUGAUGACCCGACUAUUUAUCACAUUCGCGAGGUGACACCGGACAUGACGGAUGAGGAGAAGAAGUUCAUCUACAGCGUCAACCGCUUCCCUCGCAGCGAUCUGAGCCAUAUGAUGGCGGGGGUACCGCCGGACCGCGACUUCAGCAACUCCAAGCCCACGAACCAAGUCAACGCCAACACCUUCUUAGCCUACAUCGAGCCCUAUGUCCGCCCCAUGACGGAGGAGGACAUGGCAUUCUUAAAGGAAAAGGGCGACCGAGCCACCCCAUUCAUCAUGCCCCGACGCGGCAAGAAACACUACGCCGAAACCUGGGCCGAGGAAGACGGGCUCAGCAACACGGAUCAGGCCAACGGCGAUAAAGAACGACUGGCGCUCAACGAAGGCCGCGGCAACAUUGACCAAGUGACCGACGAGACGGUAGAGACGGACAAGAUCUCAGUCGGCCCGCUCGUCAGCCGACUCUAUUCCCUGCUGCGCUACGAGCACCGGCCGAGCCCCGACGACAACCCUACCAGCACGACGACAGCCACGAACGGCACGCCCAACGGCGACGGCACGACGAACGGGCUCAACGGCUUCGACUCAAUGGACCUGGACCACCCACCGCCGCUGCCUCCCUCUUCAUCCCACCUGACCAACGGCGGCAGCGGAGACGCGGACAAGCCCCUCGCCUCAGCAACAGCCUUCCCGGACGUAUCGCCGACAGGUUUCAAGACGAGCGUAGCCAAACUGGACCACGCGCAGCUGGACGAGCGGCUGAAGGCGGAGCUGCGGCACGUGGGGUUCCUGGGGCCGGAGGACGCGCCGGACUACGACGCGCACUACGACGACGACAUCGCGCAGCGGCUGCGACUGCUGCAGAGCGAGCUGAAGAAGCAGAUGAUCGUCAACAGCGCGCGCAAGACCCGCCUGCUGGACAUCGCCCGCGAGCGCAUGGCCCACCAGGAGUACAUGACCAUCCACGACGACCUCGACUCCCAGGUCCAGCAGGCCUACCUCAAGCGCACCCGCACCCUCGGCAAGAGCAAGAAGGGCUCCCAGGCCAAGCACCGCCCCGGCGGCGCCGGCGGCGGCAGCCACGUCGUUAGUGCCGCCGGCGUCGGUCGCCCCGCCAUCGGCGACGUCGCCCGCACCCUCAUGGACCGCCGCAAGCGCUGGCGCGACUGCAUCGGCCCCGUCUUCCGCGAGAGCAAGACCAGCGUCCCUGGUAAAAACGAGACUGUCUUCGAUCCGGUCAUGAUGGCAGAGUUCGAGAAAGCGGAGUUGGAAGGCUGGGAUGAGGAGCAGGAAUAGAACGAACACUCAUUCGCUCACUCAUUCACUCACUCUGCUUCUCUUCUCGGGCUUCUCGUAGUCAGACAGAUUCAUGUCCAUUGGAUGUGCUAUUCUGUCAUGUGGUAUACAUAUUCUAUAUUCAACGAUCGUUGUUUGCGAGCGAGUAUUGCUCAGCGAAUCGGCGGGAACUGGGCCGGUCUUUCGUCAGAUGACUUCAAUUUUUUGGCUUUUCCCUUUAUCACAGGGUUACGGACUGCAAAGUCACGGGUAUUUCGGGAUCAGGCGUCAUAAAGGGGGGUAUACACUGGGUCGCUGUCUCACUCAACGGCGGGCGUUCUCGGAAUUCUUAUCAAGUGUUAGAGUUUUUAUCUCACACCUAAUCUC